AUGGGUUACCAGGUGGUAGCAGAACUGCCGACCGAUCGCCCAAGGGUCCUGUACACUCAUCUCCCAGCUACGCACGUGCCAAAGUCAUUCUGGAACACCGAUGAAGUCAAGGUACCUGACGAGUAUUACUCCUAUCCUUGUGAACGUUUUAUAAUCUACGUGAUACGAAACCCAAUCGACGGCAUAAAAUCUGGAUUCAAAUUGGAUUCGAACAUCUUCAGCGAUUUCCCACCGUUUUCUACAUAUUUGAAAAUGCAUUUCGAUCCCAAACAGGCACAUUUGGGUACUUGGAUCAAUCAUGUUAGAAGUUUUUGGGAGAGACGAAAUCUCAAAAAUGUUCUCUUCGUUUACUAUGAAGACCUUAAAGAGAGUUUCCAACCAACCGUUGCCUCGAUAGCAAACUUCCUGGAACGCCCUCUUUCGCAAGGACAACUCGACUGGGUUCAGGAGCGGUCUACCCUUGAGGUCAUGAGAGCUAUUCAAGCUCAGUGUCCACCGAACAAAGGCACUGGUUUGGAGACUAUCAUAGACAGAGGUCUGAGCAAUGAAGCGAUCAAGGAGUGUUCCGAUGAGGACGUAGCCCUCGUGAAAUCUCAGCUCCAGAAGUUGGCUGACACCGACAUUAGAUACCUGAAAGAAAUCCAGUAAAACUAAUCGACACCUGAAAGAAAUCCUGUAAAGUUAAUCGACACCAAUAUUUGUUUACAGAGAAAUCAAUCAAAAUCAAGGUUUGCGAUUAGUCUUCUUACCGAAUCGGUACAAGCCAUGAGCGUCGCGA